ACUGAUUGGGGCUCUGAUUGGGACAUGUCAGAGCGCUGCCAACAGGGGAGUGGCCCAAAUUGGGCCCGCUUUGCCGGGGCAACCGCGCCAUCGGGCAGCGGUAAGCGAAGUAAACAAUACGGUUCUGGGGCGCUUGGCGCAGCUCGACACCACACAGCUGUCCACCCAGCUGCCCACCACACAGCUGCCCUCGGAUAAACGAGCUUGCAGGCGACGCACAGCACGACGCACGAAUCACGGCCGUGGGGGCAGACCCCUGCCCACGUCUUUCCUAUCACGACAGCCCAUUUGCCUCGCGCCAGCUGUUGCAACCGUUGCCGGAGCGCCUGCAAACAACCACCACGCCACCCAAUCCCAGCCCGCGCUAACACCGCCCCCGGUAUAAACUCGAUUGCCUGGACCGCCUGUCCGUCCGCUUUAUCCCCCAGCUAUGCCGCGACCCGCCGACCUCGCCUGCGACGACUUCGAAAUCCACGUUGACCAGUCCUGUCUGAACACACCCAUGGACGAGCAGGCUGCCACUAACAUCUCGGAGGUUGUCGAGCCCCGGGACCAGAACGACGCUGUCCCCGACACCAAGGCAAACAACAACCCGGCCGAGAGCGGCAAGACCGAGAGUGCCACAGCAGCUGAAGAGAAGGCGGGCGAGGGGACCGACGCAAACGCCACCAAGCCCGAGGCAGGACAAGAAAAUGACGCCGCAGACACACCUCAGGAACCGCCCGCAGGUCAUGUAAAAGAGUCAAACACGGAAGAACACACAUACAGUGACGACGUUUCCGAGGCCCCUGAACACGCCGAGCCUGCCGAGGGUCUUGAGGGCGACGCUGGCGGCGAUAGCAGUUCUCAGCAAGAAGACGACGUCUUUAGCGACCACAGCCCGCGCAGCUCUAUGGGCUCCGUUGACAUUGGUGAAGGCGGUGAGAAGCCCGAGGGCGACGACGGAAAAUCCCACGACGACUACGGGCGCUCGGCUCGAAUCUCGGGCAUAUCCGACUUUUCCAACCUGGACUCCAAUCUGGACGAGGACGACGUGUUCGUGCCCGAAACGAGGGGCACACCUAGACACGCCUUCCGCACCACCUCGACCGUUCGAGCCAUGCAGAUGUCGUCGCCGACCGCCUCGGUAUUCUCGACACCGCGGUCCUCGGGCGGUAGCAAACGGCCCAUGGCGAUCCCACCACACUCGGCCCCGCGCCUCAGCAGCCCUGGUGGCUCAACCCAGUACUCGCCCAAGGGCAGGUCGACGCCGACGCGGUUCAAGGUUAAGAAGGAGCCCGCCCCGCUCGUCCUGCUGCACGCCACCCUGCUACCGCUGAGGUGGACAUGGGGGGAUAUCCUGGACGAGGGCUUUGGGAUUCCUGCCGAGGACGGGUCUGACGUAGGCUGCUUCAAGGCCAGCGAGGAUCUGAAGCGGCUACGCGACAACUGGAAAGAGCUGCAGGACCGCAUGGGAGACACUGUGCUGGAGCGAGGCAUCUUGCUGCCGCAUCCUCAGAGCGAUUAUGAGGUGCUUGAGGAGCGGCUGCUGGAGGCACUUGAGCUGCCGAUGCGUCGGCGCGCCCGCAUCCUUGAGUGUGGCCACUACCUGGGGCCCUCCAACAUGACGUACGUUGAGAGCAGCGAGGACGAUACGACGACCGACGAGAGCGACGGCGACUACGCGGCCACGCCGUCGCGCCAGACGCGGCGCCGGAACGGCGCAGGCGGUCGCGAGGCGCGGCAUUGGUGCGGCACCUGCAGGUCCGACAUCAAGUAUGAGGCCCUGGGCCCCGGCAAGGUCUUCCGAGUCAAGAUCUACGCCAGCAACGGACUUAUGCGGGCCGGCGCCUGGGAGGCUUGCUGGAAGGAGAUGGAAAGAGUCGACGCGGAAAUAGAGCCUGUUCUGGAGCCGGCGCUGCAGACCGAGCUCGAGCAACUUGAGACCUGGCAGGCUGCCGAGCACCAGAGGCGCGAGGACGAGUUUGACAGGCGGGCAUCCGAGGAGUUCAGCCGACACGCAGAGGGGGACGUCGACCAGCGCACAGACGAGGAGCUGAUGCGGGAGGCCGAGGCCCACCUGGCUGCUGCUGAAGCUGAAGCUGCCGCACGCGAAGCCGAGUUCGAGCCUGAGCAGACUCACGAAGACGGCGAGGAUGGGAUCCAGGAAGACGAGAAGCAGGAGGACUCCUUCGCAGACGAGACUGUGCACCGCGAGUCCCUCGACCCUCAGGACUUCCCGACUUCGCCGCCCCCAAUGGAUGCGCCCUCAUCGUCGGGCCAGGAGCACCACGACGAGGAGGAAACCGAGGGGGACACGGAUUCCGUGGCGGCGGAGCUGGACGCGGAGCGCAGGCGUCGCGACGAAGAGCGCCUCCGCGAGAUCUACGGCCAAUCACCCUCGGCGUCGGCUCGCCGGGAGAGCGUCGACUUCAGGCUUCAUGGCAGCCGGGUCUCCUCCCCGGCGCCGGCGCCACGCUCCCCAAGACACAGCGUGCUCUCGAGCCCAAGCCGCCGCGAAAGCCUCCUGUCCGACAACCUCGAGGGCCGGCCGUCGGGCCACCGUGACAGCAUGCUCUCGGGCUCCCAUGGGGCCCAGAGCCCGGGCGGCGGACGGGACAGCCAGCAGCGCAUGCGCCCAGACGAGAGCAUGGGCAUGGGCGAGGACGGCUUCAUGCCGCCCCGCAGCCCCGUGUCGCCCAGUGUCCGAUCCUUCGACCAGCGGAGCCAGAGCGCCGGGAGCCAGAGCAGGAGGUCGAUGCGCGUGGCUCUGCACGAGCAGCACGCUCCCCGCCCCAGUCAUCCCCUCCGCCGAGAGACGCAUCAGUCGGAUCAGUCUCUCCCGCAUGACCAGCAGUCCUCCUACCGCCAGGGGUCUCCUCAUCCCCAUCAGCAGCCCGCCGCCGGAUAUCCUCCCGACCAACACCCGCCGCCGCAGCAGCAGCAGCAGCAGCAGCGGCGGCGCGGUGACGAGUCGUUCUCCGAGCUGCUCAUGGAGGCCGCAAGCGUGAUGCUGCGCGACCGCAAGAACGUCGCCAUCGCGGCGCUGGGAUUCCUCGUCCUGAUAUUCGCCAUGCGCUCCCCGUCGGCGGCCGUCUCGUAUAGCGCGGCCGAGCGGGAGGCCGACAUGAUGCGGACCCUCUACAUGCAGCAGCAGCUCCAGCUGCAGCAACAGCAGCAACAACAAUUCCUUCAGCAGCAGCAGCAGCAACAGCAUCAUAAGCAGCAGCACCACCAGCAGGAGUCGGCUGCGACGCCGCUGCCGGCCGAGGUCGUCAGCGCCCUGGGGAGCUCCUCGGCUCCGGCGGUCGAAAUCGCCCAGACGGCCGCGAAGCCCGCUCCCGAACCUGCCAUGGGUCCCGAAAACUCUCCCGAGCCCGCACCCAAGGAUUCCCAACACGGAGAGGGGCCCGUCGCCGCGGCCGUCCCUCCCGCGGAGAAAGAGGUGGUCAAGGUGUACGAGACGGUCACGGAGACUGUCAAGAUCACCGCCACCGAGAGCGUCGCCGAGCCGACGGCCGCCGCGACCGAGCCCGAGCCCGAGGCCGAGGGCGCUAGCGCACCACUACAAGGUCCCAUAGAGGCCGAGGCUGCUGCGGCCUCCGACACUAUUGACGGCGGGCCCGAGGCUGACGCAUCGGAGCUGGCGGAGCUUUUGGACAAGACGGCUCCGGAGCCUGUCGAGGUCCCGAUUGACGCAGAAGAGGAGAAGCCAGCCCGAGAGAAGGCCGGGCUCGAGGUGGACGGGCAGCAGGCCCUCGAGCCUGAACUGGAGGCCGGUGACUGGGAGUUCGUGGCUGGCGACCACGAUGAGCUGUGAUCGUGUGCUUACAGUUGGAUAAGUGUGUCUCUGGGCGGCCUUUUCCUUUGCCAUGAAGUGAAGAAUCUUACGCAACGUUUCUUGUCUUCUCCUCCUCUAGCCCCAUUUCGGCCUCACGGAUGUGGAUAAUGUCAUUUCCGGGGGGUUUUUUUUUUUGCUCACCAUGUCUCCGUCUCUCUUUGUGCAUAAUACCGGCGGGAUGGGUGUGGGACGCACGCACUGCUUGGCGUGGCGUGGCGUGUGUUUAGUGUUAUGUUGAUUCCUACUUAACCAGCGACCUUUAUUGUUAUGCGCCACUGUGAGGCUAGGUAGAUGGAAGGUUCUCCAAUGCUUGUGAGGGCUCUAAACACGUAUCUGAAGUUCUACAGCCGCCUUUAUUUGUAUACUAACGUUUCUGUGGUCGGUAUGGGACUCGGGCAAAAUACGUCGCAUGCUGCCCCCCUGGUCGGCUGGCGAAAACUGGAUAGGAAAUUACAGCUCGAGCAUCUGCUCUAAUGUGUUAACCCCCG